AUGGCGACGAUAACAUUGGAGAAGCGUGGGGUUCCUUUUUUCGAUAUCGGUGAUGGUUUUGAGGAUGUGCCAGGUACCUCGGCCUAUAGUGCUCGGAAUCAAAGUGGAUUGAUCACACAAUUGUUGGUGUGUGCGAGCACUGGGUUACUUUGCUUUCUUGUGUUUUGCUUUUUACGUCCACGACACAAGCCUCCUGAACUUCCCAAUUCUUUUUUCGGCUGGAUCAUCCCUUUCAUCAAAAUCGAUCAUCAAGAGGUGAUGGAUAAAGUCGGCUUGGAUGCUGUAGUGAUCCUCCAGUUUAUCACAAUGGCAAUCAAGUUAUUUGGUGUGUGCUCGUUUUUCGGCGUAGUGACACUUGUACCUAUCAGCGUGACAACAGGAAAUGCCACCCAUGCAAAUGUCACUGGGCAGCUGGAUGAAUUAGCCAUCACUGUGUUAGAAGAUGGAUCCAAUUAUCUCAUCGCCUACUUGUGUUUCACGUACUUUUUUUGCUUCCUGACCUUCUUUUUCCUGCAUCGGAAUUUCCGCUCGUUUCUUGAUCUACGUGCACGUUACUUGCUUCGUAUGCGAAAAACGCUUUCCAGCCGUACAGUGGUAGUUACCGGUAUCCCUCAUCCGUUACGUACAGACGAUGCCUUGGCCGAGUAUUAUUCUCAUCUCAAUAUCGGUGCCGUCAAUAACGCACAUAUUGUACGCCAUUUACAUCAUCUCAAUUCAUUGCUCCGAAAACGUGCACGCGCCUUGCAAAAGCUUGAAACGGCCUAUACGCAAUAUUGGGGCAACCCAUGCAAAGUGCCUGGAUACGAUCCUGAUCAGAUUUUAAAUCAUCUCAGCAUGACCAACAAUAGCGACCCUAUCCAAUUCAUGGAACAAGAAACCGCCAUGGCAGCUUCCCUUUUAACCAAAAAGCUUCCAAAAAUUCGAACAGGGUUUAUGGGGCUUUGGGGUAAACAAGUGAAUGCCAUACAGUAUUAUACAGAGCAAUUCAACGACUUAGAUCAAAAAGUACUCGAAGCAAGAGAAUCAUCCACCUUUGAAAUGACCAAUGUGGGGUUUGUCACCUUUAAGCAUAUGGCGAGUGCUUUGAUUGCAUCCCAAAUUGCCAUUCACCCUGAGCCAUUCAAUUGCCGCACAGUCAUGACCUUUGAGCCUCGUGAUGUGCUAUGGUCCAAUAUCGCUGUGCGUGGACGUGAAAGAUUGGUGCGAGAGCUCUUUGUUUGGGCAGUGACCAUUCUCUUAUCCUUCUUUUGGAUCGCGCCGAUAUCAGCAUUCUCCACCCUUACCAGUCUUGAUGCUCUAGAACGCGUAUUUCCUCAACUUGUCGCUGCAGCGGAUGAUUCAGUGUUCCUUCAAAACAUCCUACAAGGACUUUUGCCAACAAUAGCUGUCAACGUGUUUAUGGCCGUGUUGCCCUUGAUUUUUGAUGCCCUAGGUAUUAUUCAAGGAUUACGUUCACGUAGUGCAAUUGCCGAAGCCACAUUCAGCAAAUACUUUUUCUUUCUCUUGUUCAACGUGCUAUUGGUGUUCACCAUUGCAAGCACGAUUACCAAGACGUUGGAACAAUUGUGGAACCACCCCGCUGCCGUAGCUAAUUUGUUGGGUACCACACUGCCAGCGGUUGCACCUUUCUUUAUCAAUUAUACCGUAUUGCAAGGGAUGCUUUUGAUGCCGCUCAGCUUGCUCUUAUUUGGUGCAUUGAUCAUCCGCGGGUACUCGCACGUCUUUUUGUGUAAAACGCCUCGAGACUAUGCCAGUAAUCGUGCACCAUGGGCAUUCAAUUAUGGCACAGGCUAUCCACCACUGCUACUCAUCUUUAUCAUUGUACUUGAAUACUCCUCUAUCUCACCCAUUAUCCUUCUCUUUGGCACCAUUUAUUUCUGUAUUGCCUAUGUGGUCUACAAAUACCAGUUGCUGUAUGUGUAUUUUCAGCCGUUUGAUGCUGUGGGAGGUGCAUGGACGAUGGUGUUUCCUCGCAUCAUUCUUGGCAUGAUCCUGUUUCAAUUGACAAUGACCGGUAUCUUUGUGCUAAAGAGCUUUUUUACGCUUGCUGCAUUGUGUGUACCAUUGAUUGUAUUCACUGUGCUCUUUAAAUUGGGCAUGGAUGCAGCAUUCGAUCGCAACAGCAAGCAUUUGCCGAUGCAGAUUCUACGUGAUAAGACCGAUCAGUUACCUGGUGGUGGUGGCAACAGCAGCGGCAUGACGAGUGAUGAUGACGAUGAUACAUACGAUACAAGUGACGAGAACGAUAGUAGCAGCAGCAGUGAUGAUGAUGAAGAAUCCGAAGCAGCACGUGAGCGAUGGAAAAAAGCAACGAGAAUGGCAUCGCAAAUGGUAUCAUCGCCAUCCUCAAGUCGUAAACGACAUGUACGACGAGUGAUUUUGGAUGAAGAUGACUAUGCAGCUAUCCCAGAUCGUUACACGGAUUAUCGACAACCUCCCAUGGAACUUAAUCCAGGUGUGUUGGACACGGGUCUCAAAGCCUACGCCAACCCAGCAUUGAUUGGUAUAUUGCCACAACUGUGGCUACCUGUAAAGGCUGGUGAGGUGGGCGCUACAGCCGUACCAGCAGCAUCCAAGCGAUUCUCUCGUCGGCAUUAUGCAAGUCAUGUGGUGGUUGCAAAAGACUUGAUGCAACUUUUAAAAAGAGCCGAAUCGGUCAAGCGACGGACCACAAACAAUGAUCAUCAUCAAGAACCAAAACGAGGUCUUUUAAGUCGCUUGUUUCCAUGGAAACCUGUUGCUACUGCUUCUACUACUCCCACUACGAUGCAAUCCAUCGAUGCAGCAACAUCCUCAUUUGCAAAAAUAGGCAAUAUGGAAAAGGCUGGAACAUCUCAAGAGCAUAUUUUAAGACCAUCAAGUACAGAUGGAAAACAAGAUAACCGAUCAAGCCAUGGUAGUAGCAGCUGUUCACCAGAAAUAACCUGA